AUGUAAGCACAGGUUCAAAUUUACAACUACUAAAGAAGUCAACAGAGUUUAAGUAAUGUAUCUGUAUGUGCCACAAGGAUAUACUACAAAUAGAAUAAAUGGAAUAGCUUUGGAAUGCCAUCAACAUAUUUGCCACAUUCACUAUUUGUAGGCAAACAUACAAGGAUAGGAUUUUGGUUUUAGUAAUAGACUAGCAUAGGUGAAGUAUUCAAAAACGCAAGUUGUAAAUGUCUAGAAAUAAGUAAAAAAUUUUAGAAAUUCAAUGAGCAAAUUUGGUUGUAUGCUAAUGUCAAUAAAUCAGUUUAAGAUGAAUAAGUUCAAGCAGAUAGUAAUGAGAUGCAGCUCUUUAAAUUUUUGCUGCAAUAAGUUUUAUACAAACGAUGA